ACAAAACUCAACCACACAAUUUAUCACUUUCAUCUUUCUGUUGCUGUCAUUGAUUCCAAUUGCUGUUGUCAUCUUCGUCCUUUCAUGUGGUCCAAACACUGACAGAGUAAGGUUGAAAGAAAAGGGAGAAGUGUGGUCCUUUGUACUUGGACAAAAGGAGAGAAUCGAAUCAAUACUGGUACUUCUUACAAAUUGGGGAAUCUUUCAGGAUGAGGACCAAAAGAGCACAACUUAGUGUUCCUACAUUGCAACUUGCUAAGGCUGUGAAUUUGAAAGUUUGGCAUGGGGGAACUUUUAUAACAAAGAAAAAUAACAGGGUAGAAUAUGAUGGUGUGGGGAUUUACAUUAAAGAAGGGGUUAGUCGGAUUAGUUAUUACACUAUUGUAGAGGUUGUGAAACGUGAACUUGGGUACAGCAGUGGGGGUAAAAUAUGGUUUAGGAGGAAAGGUCUUAGCUUAGCAAAGGGUAGGAAAGAAUUGAAGAAGGAUGAUUUGUCUAUCAAUGAGUUGGUUGAUUCAAUAGACUACAACAACUUCCUAAAUGUUUUCAUUGAGCACAUUGAGGAUUCAGCAGUUGUGUUGGAGACAAGGAGUUAUGUUAGGGGUUAUUAUAGUCAGACUGAUAUUGAAGAUAGUUCAGAGGAGUUUAUGGAGGGUGAUGAUUAUGUAAGUGAAGGAGAGGAUGAAGAAGGAGAAGAAGAAGAGGGAGAUGAUGAUGAUGGAGAUGGUGAUGGUGACAGUAGUGUGCAGGAUGAUAGAGAUGAUGAUUGGAGUGAAGAUGAUGGAGGGGGAGGAGGUCAGAAAGGUGCUGAAACUCAGGGAGGGCAAGCAGAUCAGGUGGGUGAAGAAAAGGGAGAUUGUGAAAAGAGUGAGAAAGGUAAGGGGAGGCAGGAAGUCAAUGAUAUUCCUAAAGGGGAUCAAGCUUUUAUGGAAUAUUUUGAUGGGUUGGAUGAGUUGGAUAAUGAAGUGUUUUUGAAUGUGGGCCUAAACCAAGAACUUUAUUGGGAUAUUGGUGUAGGGAGCACAUCAGGUUCAAGUCCUUUAGGCCCAACUUACCUAACUGAACAACUACACAAAACAACAUCCACAACAUCCACAACAAGACCCUCAAAACUGAUUCCCUGCAGGAAAGAGAUAACAGCAGCCUCCACCUCAAACCCUAAACUUGUUCCACAGCUUACAAAAGGAGGUAUUCUCAUUGAUGAUAUAUUGUACACUGAGAGGGGAGAUGAGGACAGACCAACAGCUGAUCUGUUUUCAGACAGUGUUGGUAAGGGUGUUACAGAGGCUGUGAACCAAAGCCUUGGUGUGGCUAAUCCUAUCCCCUACAUACAUGAACAAGCAAAUCAUCAAGUUCCAACCAGAAACAAGUCUGCCCCUCCACCAUUUCAGCAAGGAAGAAAUAAGCAGCCACCUCAUCCACAACCAGAAGAUGUUUCUGACAUUUUUUUGGGGGAAGAAAAGGAACUGAAUGAGGAUUCAGAGGAAGAAGGAAGCUUGUAUGGAUCAGAUGAUGAAGCUGAAAGGUAUCCUUCAUUUAAUCCAGAUGUUGACUUUAAAAGGCCUGUUUCUUUAACUUUGGGUUUAAGGUUUCCUAGUUCAGAUUGUUUGAGAAAGGCAAUUAGAUGGCAUGCUGUACAAAAGGGUUAUGACUAUUAUUUUUUGCAUAACAACUUACAGAGGAUUAGUGUCUAUUGUAGACAUAGAUGUGAUUGUCCUUGGAAGGAUUCAAAGAAAGUGAAGUGUGUUUGUGAUAAUCCUAGGAAGUGUAGGUUUAAAAUACAUAGUAGGAAAAUGAGAGGAGAGGAGACAUGGCAGGUUAGGAGCAUAAAAUUAGACCAUGUUUGUGGUUUUCAAGAUGGAACUCCUAAAGCUUCAUCUGAGUUCCUAGCUGAGAGGUUCAUGGAUGACUUUAGGGAUGAUCCCAAGAUGAGCAUUGAGACUUUUCAGAAUCACAUAAGGAGGCACUUAGGAUUAGAGGUUGACUAUUACAAGGCUUACUAUGCUAGGAUAAUGGCAUUGCAGUUCAUCCAUGGUAGUGCAGCUGAGCAGUAUGGUAGAAUUUGGGAUUAUGCUGCUGCUAUUAGGAGAUACAACCCUGGUAGUUCUGCAUUUGUGAGGGUGACAAACAUUGAGAGACCCCCAACAUUAUUCCAGAGGUUUUACUAUUGUCUUCAACCCUGCAAAGAAGGGUUUGUGCAUGGUUGUAGGCACAUUUUAGGGGUAGAUGGUUGUCACCUAAGGAGUACUUGGCCUGGAAUCUGCUUGGUUGCUGUUGGAAAGGAUGGAAACAACAAUCUGUUUCCUGUUGCAUGGGGUAUUGUUGAAGCAGAGAACAAGGAAAGCUGGAAGUGGUUCUUGGAGCUGCUGGUAAAAGACUUGGGAUCAGUGACUGAGCACAUCACUUGGGUUCAUGAAAAGGAUGAUUUGACUUUUAUGUCAGAUAGGCAGAAGGGACUCUUGGAUGCCUUCAAAACAGUGGUACCUAAUGCAGAGAUUAGGUAUUGUUGUAGGCAUAUAUGGGCCAAUUUCAAGCUUGCAUUCCCAGGAGAAGCAUUUAGGUUAUGUUUUUGGAAAGCUGCCAGAGCUUCAACAAAGGAAUACUUUGAUUCACAAAUGGAAUCCAUCAAAAUGCUGUCAAAAGAUGCAUUUACCUACCUAAACAAAAUUCCCACAGACAGAUGGAGCAGACAUGCCUUCUCAACUAAGAGUAAGUCUGCCAUGAUCCUCAACAAUUGCUGUGAAUCUUUCAAUAAUGUAAUUAGGGAGGCUAGGUCACAACCUAUUCUAAGUAUGAUGGAGUGGGUAAGGAGGUAUGUGAUGAAAAGGGCAUGCAUAAAGAGGGAAGGGAUGGAGAACUAUGUGGGUAAAGUGAUGCCUGCUGCCAUGAAGUUGUUGCACUUAUCAAAAGAGGGUGCAAAGAACUGCUUUGAGACCAAGUCUACUCCCCAAUUGUUUGAGGUUAACCAUGGAGAAAAUCAAUAUGUGGUUAACCUUCAAGCAAGGACAUGUGGUUGCUAUAGGUGGGACUUGACUGGCAUCCCUUGCUGUCAUGCCUUUAGAUGCAUCAUGAGAAACAGAGCUGACCCCGAAGACUAUGUGCAUAAGGCAUACACCAAGAAAGCUUUUUUGCUUGCUUAUGCCCCUGUUUUCUACCCAAUGCCUGGUAUGAAACAGUGGGAGAAGACAAAAUCCCCACAUCCACUGCCACCACCAUUCAGAAAGAUGGCAGAAGGUGAGGAUGAUGAACAUGUGACUGCUUUGGUUGUCAAAAGGAGGAAGCCCACUAGGUGUGGCAACUGUGGUGAUUUUGGCCACAACAAGAAGACUUGCAAGAAUGAUGCAGCUCCACCACCACCUCCAAAAAGGAUGGGAAGGCUUAAAAAGCAAGGUCCUUUUACAAAGCCUGCAUGCACAUCAAAGAAGAACCUAGCUGAUUCUGGUGCAUCUGCAUCUGCAACCAAGAGAAAGAGCAAGGCUGCACCAGCUAAGGGAAAGAGCAAGGCAGCACCAGCUGAGGGAAGGACUAGGGAUGCACAAGGAACUCAGGAACCUGCUUCACAAGUUGAUGAUUAGUUUUUUUGUGCUAUAAUGAAUGUUCACAGCUUGUAUUUUGUAGUUAAUCCCAAAAACAAUUAGUGUUAAAUGCAUUAGUAAGUGAUAGUUCACAACUUUUAUGUUAGUGUUAAAUGUAUA